AUGGCGACUCGCGAGGCAGGAGCGCAGAACGGACCCUGGAGCAGACUGGAUUUAGCAGACAACGGCGUGCACCCAGGAAACAGCGGGCGAUGGGCAUCGCGGAGCGGCGGAAGCAGACUGGUUUGGCGAAAGUCUAAAGAUGAGGUGCAAACGGUCCUGACAGUCUCGGCAUCUGCACAGCGCUAUGGGCGACGGAGAGUGGUUGUUGGUGAGCUACGGCGUGUGGCAUGUGUCGGCGGACUGCAAGGGACGUUUCUGAAGCGGACUGGACCAAUCCGCACUCUUGUUGUGGUGACAAAGAUGAGCCAGUUCGAGGCAGCAGGUGCAAACAUGAAUUGGGACUGGCAACAAUUUACACCCACAUCCACCCCGACCACGACCGUCUUUGACAUCAAUCUCAACAACAACAGCAACAGCAACAGCAAUGCCGCCACGCCCACCCAGACGCACUUUCACGAUGCCUUUCCCACAUACGACUAUGCCCACCACAAGCGAGAUUCGGUAGCCUCGACGGCCACUGCUGCCUCGGUAGACAGCAAUCCACACUAUGUAGCCUACCCACCACAGCUGCAGCACCAGCACCAACACCAGCAACAUGCCUAUCACACUUACGACUAUGCCUCCAGUCCACUCUUUGCCCAAGGCCAGAGCCAAAGCCAAAGCCACAGUCAGGUUCCUAGCCAGCCUCAGCCCCAACCCCAGUCCCAGGUAUUCCAGAUGCAAACACCCCCUCCCACUCGAGGCUCGUCCACCAAGCGAAGACCACAACGACUAGACAGCACCACGCCUCUAACAUCCACCGCUCUCCGUCAGCCCAACUUUGACAAUGCUACUUUCGACUUCAAUGCCUCUCAGGCUUCGUUGAGCUCCUGGACCCAGCUCUCUGGACCCUCAUCUGCUCCGCUAUCAGCUCCUGCCUGGACCGCCAACCAAGACGACCCCUUUUCUCACUGGUCCACUCAAUCCUCUCAAUCUUCUCAGCCCAAUCAUGCCUCUCAGUCGGCCCAAUCGCAAGCUUCUUCUCAGUCCUCGGCUCCCGCACGUCCUACCAUCACUCGCUCUACCAGUUCCAACAACGUUCCCUAUACUACUCCUACUGCUGCCAAAAAGCCUUCCAUGCCAUUCAGCGUGGACCAAAUGCAGCCCCGAUCAUCGCCCGUGCAAAUCAAGUUCCCCAACAUUCCAGCAACACGCCCUGUGUCACCUGGGAAGCCAUGUCUGGCCCCUGCCUUUCCCUCGACCUCGGGUCAGGGCUCACCAGUCAAAGGAGCCGGUCUGCAACGCAGCAACACGGUCGGAAACUUCUUGAAACCCAGCCCUGAAAUCGUAUCGCAAGCCUCUGGAGCUGCAUCUUCACUUAGUCGAAGCAAUUCUAUUUGCAACCUUCCACGUAGAUCCUCCCCGCUGAAGCGAAUAGCACGCGGAUCCUUGUCCUCAAUUGCUGAGACCGCACGACCACAGGUUCGCACAUCUGUUGUUCUUACAAUUGACGCCAAUGGAACUGCUAGGACCGAAACUAGAGUGAUCGAAGAGAGCCCCAUUCAAUCGAAAAAGGACUCGCAAGCAAUCAAGGAUAAGUAUCCCAACCUCUGGGAUGACUCGGACAGUGAUUCGGACUCGACAUGUGGCAGCAAGUGGCCGAGCCGUCAUGACUCUCUUGCGCACGCCAAUGCUGGUCAGGAGCGAUCGGCCAAGAUUGCCAGGCUUGACACGUCGUCGGACAAUCUCGAGAUGGCACGGCUACCACGUUCCAAUUCAACGGCGUCAUUGAAGACUCCAUGCAAAGCUGCUUAUGCAGCCGCAAUGCAACUCAGACGACAGGGAAGUGCCAAGAAGCAACAACGACCGGCAAGUGUGCAAAGUCGACGCAACACGCUGUCUUCCCUGAAUAGCUCUUUUGAGAACCUGGCCGCCAUGGACUUGAAUAAAGAUGAGAUGCAGGUUAAAACGGAUGCUGGUUCUGCGCUUCGUCAGGCUGCUGCCCAACGAAUCUCUCCGCCUAACCAACCUGUCCGCGCUGUUCCUUCAGACAUGGCACUUCCGAGCGCCACACGACCUCGACAGUUGUCGCAGCCUCAGCAACCUCGUCAUUUACAGCAAGUACAACAGCCGCCUCAAUCGCAUCAAAUGCAACAGAUGCAACCGCCCCAAGCGAUACAACAUCCCCAACCACAGAGACCUCAGCAUAUACAGCAAGUCCAACAGAUACAGCAGCUGCCCCAAAACAAUCAAGUCUUCCCUCACCCUCACACUCACGCAAAAUCGCAUAGCAUCAAUUACCCCACAGCUACGUCCACAGCACCAGUGUUCGAUCCGCGCGGCUCCUUCACAAUGGGUUAUCAGCCCGUGGCCUUCACUUCGGCAUCCCCUCAGCAAUCAUUUACGAACGACAUGAGCUCUAUGACACGAUGCAUUUGCCAGAUUCCAUUCGACGAUGGUAGGAUGGUCCAAUGCAACCUUUGUGCUAUGUAUUCUCACUCUGGUUGUGUUGGUAUUGAUCCUUCCCAGCAUGCAUAUGUUUGCUCUUUCUGCAUCAACGUCAACCCUGUCUAUGGGCAUCCACCACGAUCAAGUUCAAUGCAAAACUUCAAUGCAUGGACUGUCCCCGGACUUUGA